GCAUUGCCCUUAGAGUUACUGAACUUUCAACUUGAACAUUUCUCGACUUCCCUGAAAGCUCUGCAGGAAUGCAGGCAAGCUACAGUUAACUAUUACAGUGGAUCAAAAUGGCAACUCACUUCUGGACAAUAUGCUUUCUUCCUUUUGUCCUCCUUUUCCUUCAGACAGAACAGACAGUCUUCCUAUCGGCCAACAAUGCAAAUCAAGUUAUCUCAAGACAUAAGCGUGGGUCUUUCCUAAUUAUUGAGGAGUUCUUUCAAGGCAACUUGGAAAGAGAGUGCCUAGAAGAAAGAUGCACAUAUGAAGAGGCAAGAGAAGUAUUUGAAGACCAUGAAGACACUAAGAAGUUUUGGGCUGGCUAUUUCAGUGGCAGACAGUGCUCCUCAAACCCAUGCCAGCAUGAUGGCGUGUGUCAGGACAGCAUUCGCAGCUACACCUGCACCUGCAUGGAUGCUUAUGAAGGACCGAACUGUAAUUUCGCUAAAAAUGAGUGUCAACACAAAACUAGAGAGGGAUGUCAACACUUCUGCUAUCCAGGAUCUGAGUCCUACCACUGCGCAUGUGCAAAAGGCUAUGAACUUGGGGAAGAUAAAAAAUCAUGCAUUCCAAGAGAUCAAUGUGCAUGUGGCAGACUUGAUGACGUUAAAUUCCUUCAGCCUCGUUAUUUUAAGACGACUUGCAACAGAGGAUUCCCUUGGCAGGUCCUGUUGCUAAAUUCAGAAGGAAAGGGAUUCUGUGGAGGUGUUCUUGUGAAGAGCAACUUCGUGUUGACUACAGCUGAGUGUGCCCUUUUGCACAAUCAUUGUGAUAUCAGGGUUAGGACUGGGAAUAACAGGAUGCAUGGAGCUGCACACGUAAUAGAUGUGAAUGAGAAACACAUAUAUAUGUGGUACGAUGAAGCUACUGGUGAGAAUAACCUUGCAUUGCUACAACUCGGACAGCACAUUGAGUGCAACAACUACCACCAUCCUAUAUGUCUUCCUGACAAAGACUUUGCAGAACAUGUUUUGAUUCCACAGUUGGCAGGCACUGUCAGUGGCUGGAAACUGGAAGAAAGCGAGGUGAGAGGUUCACUAGUUGAGUUGCAGGUUUCCUACCUUGCUGAAAGGGAAUGUGAACAAAUACUCAAUACAAGUCUUACGAACAGACAGUAUUGCGGACAUCACCCAGAGCCUGUGGACUGGCAGCUGGCAGGAGGAAACUUUAUCGCCCAUGACUACAAAGGCACUUGGUUUCUGACAGGUAUUUUUGGAGCUUGGCCAACUAAUGUAAGUAACUGGGAACCAUUUAUUUUCACAAAGACUUCAAGAUAUAUGAUGUGGUUCAAACGAAAAACUGAAUAAAAGAAAGUCCCCACAGCACCAAAUCCAUAACUGCAAUUACAAAGACCACUUGGAUGCAGCAAUUGGACUGGUUUCAGCAAGGUCAGCCUGUAUUGUGUUGUAAUGUUAAUACUGUAAAUAUUUAUCUGUAGUUCAUCCCUCAAAAACAAAGUCCAUUCUCUUUCCAAAGACAGAAUUGAGGACCGGUGUAGUAGACAUGUGGCUACUUCACUUUGAAAAUAAUGAGUUUGAAUUUGUACAGCACUGUUCAUCUAAGCUGAUCCUAAGAGACCUUAAAAUUUUUUACUGAUUCAUUUAUUUUUAAUACACAAUCAUUUUCCCUA